AGCGGCGAGAUGGCGGCGGCCGCUGAGGGAGCGGAGGCGACGGACUGGGCGCUGCCGCCGGAGGUGGAGGUGCUGGAGUCCAUCUACCUGGAGGAGCUGCAGGUGGCGCGGGGCCUGGGCAGGUGGGAGCCCUGGGAGAUCAGCAUCACCCUGCACCCUGCCACGGCCCAGGACCAGGACUCCCAGUACGUCCGCUUCACCCUGGUGCUCUCCGUGCCCCCUCAGUAUCCCGAUAAAGCUCCAGAGAUCUCCAUCAGGAAUCCGCGGGGGCUGUCAGAUGAGCAAAUUCAAAAGAUUUCCCAGACCCUCAGAAGUGUUGCUGAAGCCAGGCUGGGGACAGAGGUGCUCUAUGAACUGAUCGAGAAGGGAAAGGAGAUCCUCACUGACAACAAUAUUCCUCAAGGACAGUGUGUAAUCUGCCUCUAUGGAUUCCAGGAGAAAGAAGCCUUCACAAAGACCCAGUGCUACCACUACUUCCAUUCCCACUGUCUGGCCCGCUAUGCCCAGCACAUGGAGGAGGAGAUCCUCAUGCAGCAGGAGGAGAGAGAGCAGCAUCUUGCACCAUCCCCCAGACAGGAAGUUGGUGUGCAGUGCCCUGUCUGCCGGGAGACCCUGGUAUACGACCUCUGUGCUCUGAAGGCAGCGCCGCCCCCACAGCAUCCUCUGGAGCCAUACAGGCCAGAUGCCAAGGUGCUGCAGCACCAGGAAGAACUGCGCCUGAUUUUCAAGAGACAGCAAGAGAAAGGGGGAAUCAUCGACCCCGAGGCAGAGAGGAACCGGUAUUUCAUCAGCCUCCAGGCGCCUCCAGCUGCUGUGGAUCCAGGCCAAGCAGCCAGUGCCUCUGAGCUGUCGGUGAGUGCCCGCGCUGCAGACGGGCCCCAGCCGCCCAGCCAGGCCUUGGCUCCUGAGCCAGCUGGGGCAUCAGAGGCCAGGGUGGAACCCAGGAGGCCUGAGAGGUCUGCUGUGCCCAGAGAGCAACUGAGCAAGAGGGAGAGGCACAGAGGGGAGAGGCCAGGCUCCAGAGGACGGGGCAGGCAGCUGUGCAGUGGCUCACAGGAACCAGGAGAUGAAGCCUGUCAUCCACUCCAUGGCUCCAGGGGGCCCAGGGUCUUCAGCCAGAGAACAGAGCGUAGACCUGCUGGACGGCACAGCCAGGAGUUUUCAAAGCCUCACAGUAGAAACAGGGCCGCUCCUUUGGCUGAAAGAAAGGAGUUGUGCCAUGAAGACCCCUCACCAGCAGCAGAAACUGUGGACUUGAAAGAGGAGCACCAUGAGAAAUGGAGCACAGAGGAGGGGACUGAGGCCCAGGGCAGGAAAAAGGAGAACCUCAUGUUCAGUCACGGUGACCACAAAGCUGCCCCCGGCUGGCAGGGCCACCAUAGGCCGUGGGAUUGUGGAAGAUGGGAGAAGUCCGGAGUUCAGGAGCGUGGUUCCUACCCCAGAGCACCAAGAGGGCGAGGCGUGUUCAGGCCCGGUGGACAUCGAGAAGCCCAUCUUGAGAAGGAGAGUGGCUCCUAGCAGGAAUGAUGAGGGGCUGGGGUAGGGGAAAAAAGGGCUGUUUCUGGGGAGAACAAUGAAGGCUCUGAUGAAUUAGUAGUAAGUAGAUACUGUACCCCCUGGAAGGGAGGAGGCAGAUGGCACAUGGGACGGCUUGGGACCCACAGUGUCACCAGUGUAAAUGGUGCAGAUUUAAGCACAGUGUUAAUGCAGUGUAAAGCAUCCUGGCAUGAGCAGCUGGCUGUUACCAGCACUGAAGAAGUGGAAUCCUGACAGAUUGCAUUAGUCUUGGUCUUAGAGAACCCAGAAGACAGAGGUAGCUUUGGAGACCCGCAGCCAUUGUCCCUAGAGGUGAAAUGCCAAGAAAUGUGCACACCUACAGAGCAAAGGGACUGAGCCCAGCAUAGUGCCAUGCCAAAGUGUGGCAAGACCUUCCCUGGAAGCCGUGGAGUGUGGUGGUGCCAAGAUGGGACUGUGCCAGGGCAGUAUCUGGGAGCUCAGCUCCACUUACUCUGUCCCUCAUUCCUUCCCAGAGCAUCUUCCCAACUGCUGGGGUUGGCCAGGCAGGUCCUUAUUACACAGGACAUUGCCCAGUCCCAACCAGGAGAUCCAAGUUAAGCUUAAGUCAACAGAUUGGCAGUUCACAAUUGUCUGGUGGCUAAGGCUUCACCUUGGCUCCUGCUUCUCCAGGAAGCCCAUAUUUAGCUGGAACUCCUGCCCUGUCUUUCAGCUCCUUUGUGCAGGCUGAAGCUGAUGGGGGGAACCUCGGAAGAGAGUACUCUGCUUUGUAACCUGUGUCUGUCAAAGUCCCCCUCCAAGGCCACGCUGUCUCUUGGCACUUCUGACAACCCAGAAGUGGAAACAUGUCCGAGUAUUUCGGAUACUGCUAUCCAUCCUCCUGUAAUCUUCAAGCUGGUAUUGCUUAAAUGAGGAUUUGCUGUUUAAACUAACUUGGUGCAGUUACACCUGCUGCUGCUCCACAGAUGUAAAUGGAGUCCCAAUCCAAAGCCAUGAGGAGUGAUCCCAUUGCCCCUAGUGGGGCAAUGUUAUUAAAUUAAGUCGUUGGGUCUUCUCCAGAGCCUGCUCCCUUUGUUUCCUCUGCCCUCUUGCUCCUGUUUGUUGCUUCUUGGAGCAAAGGUGUUGAUCCCUGGUAUUUCUCAAUUCCUUCCCUGUUCCCUACAACCAGGGCUGAGGCAGACACCUUCCUCUGGCACUCCUGGGUGGCAGGAGGGCUCCCUGCUUUGCCUGGCUUAGUGUAAGCUCUCUGCCUCACCUGGCCAAUACUGAUUCCUUGACACUUGUUUGUGCCUUGUGCCCCACCUCUUGUGCCCACACUGGGUUGUUACUCCUUCUGCUAAGUGCAAAAAUAACAGUGCUAGAAUGGACUUGACAAAACUUCAUGUGAAAUCCCCAGCUAACCAAUGGCUGUGUGUGCCAGGAGGGCAUUUGGCAGUGCACACAUUUGUCUGGCUGAGCUUUAGCACAUGAAAGUUGCACUACACCCUUUCUUGACUGAGAACAACUCAUCUGCUGCCCUGCUUACUCCAUGCCUGGACCUGAAGAGGUUUUAACCUGCUGCCAAGAACAUUCUGUGCUUAAAUUUCCAACACUGGUAUAUUUUCAACCCUAAUGCUCUAAAAUCAUUCUUUUUUUCUCCCUCCUUGGCCUGAGCCUACACUAUCUGUCCUGGGCUGGGUGAUCUGAGAAUGAUAGCUGAGCACUUGUGCCCUGAAGAGAGCCUGAAUUUUUCUUCAGUGCUCCCUCUGUGCUUGUUCAGCUGUUUUCUAGGGGAACAGCCUGCCCACACGUGGGUGAAAAGACAUAAACUUUACCUGACAUUGGUGCUUGUUCUGCUGCCUUCACUGGUGAAACUGCUGUGCUCCAAGAAAGGCAUUUGAUUGUGUACUGAAGGAAACAUGGAAGAUCUCUGCCCCUCAGAGCAGCUUCUCAGCUUCCUCUGGUGAGCCAGGAUUACUCUCAGCAGGAAAGUUGCUGUGUCAUGUUUCGAGCACGGGAAUUCAGCCAUGGAAAUGAGAGCAAGGACUUGGAUAACUUUAAUCAAAUGCCAGAUGUGUUAGUGGGAAGGGAUUUUUCCCUGGGAAUAGUGCUUUAGGAGAGGCCCUCUCUGACUCACUGCUGUCAGCCUGGAGCAGAGAGCACUUUGCAACAUGUAUGUGGAAAUGAAUUUGGGAUAAACAAACCAAACCUCCAGGUCAGAGGGGAUGAAGAGAGCCUGCAUGCUGGCCCCUUGCUUGGUGUCCGCCUGUGGCACUCACCUACCUCACAAGGCUGUUGUGAGGCUUAACUCAGGCCGGGCAGAAAGGCACUGGCAGCAUCUGUAGCAUUAACACUAUUAAAAAAGCAAGCAGCGAGAGAUGUUCUGUGUGGUGGCAUUGGUCCCUCUGGCUCCCCCUCAAACACUCCCCACCUUCCCAGACAGCUGUGGGACAUUUGCCAGUCACUCACUAGAGGCUGGAUCUGAGCAGCCAGCCUCUCUGGGAUAGCCAAACACAGGGUGAGGAUGCCAGCGAGCAGCAUCCUGCUCCUUCAUUUGCAGAAACAUUUGUCCAGGUUUGGGGUUGCAUUAAAGCAGUGCCUGUUUGCAUCAAAAUCCAUCCAGGAGCCAUUGACUGUGUGUUGCCAUGUGUUCUUGGCUAUGCCUUUGGCCCCACAACGCAGAGCCAAGAGGAGAGCUAAGCAGUGACCUACAAUUUGGGUUUGGCUUGGAACCCACUCCCCCAGCCCAAGCAAGGUGAUGCAACCCCCAAAACUAACCACAUUAACAUAGGAUUGGCUUUAGGGAAACUGAUUUUUCAGGAUUCUGCAAGAGGGACUGGAAGGGAGAGCUCUUGGGAAUAUCUGCUGUGACUGGCUAAGGCCUCUCAUUUGCCCUCAUACAGCUCCAGGGCCCCACAUCUCCUCUGGUGGGAAGGACAGUCAUGCCCACCUAGAAACAAUAUCCAAGCAGAUUUGUGGCUUGGCAUCAUAACUCAGCAGGACCAGUGGUGCCAGUCUGGAGCCCAAGGAACGAUGAGUUAUCUCUUAGGAGCUGCAUUUUUUCAGAAAUACUCUGGAUUUGCAGUACUGGCCUUGCCAGGCCCUGGUCAGGAAGGCUCUGGACCAGCAACUGGAUAGAGGGGCAACCAACAGGAAAAUGCACCAGAGAGACAAGAGCUGUGUUGUGCAUUUCACAGAGGAUAUCCACAAACCAGUGAGACCACUGUUUAAAAAAACCAGACACUUUUAGCAGUGUAGAACUCCAAUGUCCUGCCCAAAAGAAAUGACCUUCUGGGGCACCUCCAGGCUGAUCCACAAGGAAGGGGAUUCACACCAGGAGCCUUGGUAGCUUACAGCAAUCCAAGCAUGAGGCACACACUGGUGAGCAGGGCUGGUGCAGUAGCACCCAAGUCUGGGGAGCAGCA